GAUUCAAUGGAAUGUUCACAGAUUACAUUUCCUCUACAUCUGUCCUAUGAUUGGCUUUUUAGAUCCACCAAUCAAAUCCGUUUACCACAAGUCGAUCACUUUACGGUGAUUUUCUGAACGCAGCUGAUAGGUUCUUCAGUCAAUCCACUUGUCAUUACGCGAUGCGGAUGUAUUCGCGUGUGUUUACAUACAUGCAUGAAGAAAUUAUUAUCCAAUAGUGAUUUAUAAAUUUUAUUUUGGAUAGUCGAAAAGAUUAGGUGCUCGGAACACGGUGAUGAGAAACAAAAUCAAUUUCGUUUUGGUAUAUCGUUAAAUAUCUCGCAACAGAAACAUAACCUUCAAUCGAGCCGUCAGGAUGGCAGAUGUACGUGAUAUUUUGGACAUCGAGGUGCCUACAACGGAACUGACGAAGGAGUCAAUAAUAGGUAGCGACAAGAAGAAUCGCAAACGGUAUGACUACAACAAAGUGCCAAAACGUCCUGAGGGUAUGCAUCGCGAGGUGUUCGCGCUCCUCUGCAAAGAUAAUAAUGAUGUACCACCGUUGUUCCCGACCGACACGGCGAAGGGAUACAAGCAAGUACGAGCCAAGCUUGGUAUGAAAAAAGUGAGGCCGUGGAAGUGGACACCGUUUACCAAUCCGGCACGCACAGACGGUGCUGUCUUUCAUCACUGGCGACGUGUUGCUGAUGCCGGAAAGGAAUAUCCCUUUGCAAAAUUCAACAAGAAAGUUCCUAUUCCUUCGUACACAAAUGCGGAAUACGUCCAGCAUUUAGUGACCAAUGGUUGGUCACGAGCAGAGACGGAUCAUUUGUUUGACUUGUGCCGGAGAUUUGAUCUUAGAUUCAUUAUCAUUAAGGAUAGGUGGGAUCGCACUAGAUUUCUCGCAAGAUCUGUAGAAGACUUAAAAGAGAGAUAUUACCAGGUGUGUGCUGCAUUGACAAAGGCAAAGUCCCACAGUGACAAGGUAUAUAUUUUUGAUGCGGAACAUGAAAAGCGUAGAAAAGAACAACUAAAAAAGUUGUUUGAACGUACUCCUGAACAAGUGGAUGAAGAACAGACUCUACUUGCCGAAUUACGCAAGAUUGAGCAGAGGAAAAAGGAGAGAGAUAGGAAAACACAAGAUUUGCAGAAAUUAAUUACAGCAGCUGAUCAUCAAGCAGAUCCUAGGAAGAGCGAAAGAAAAUCUUCCAAAAAAAGUAGCAGUUCUUCUAGGAAUAGACCAAAUAAAACUGAUACUUCUCAUGCAGUUGAAUCAGCUGGAAUUAAGUUCCCUGAUUUCAAAAAUAGUGGUGUUACUCUUCGUUCUCAGAGAAUCAAAUUGCCAAGUAGUCUUGGUCAAAAGAAGAUGAAAGGCAUCGAACAAAUGUUAAAUGAAUUAAAUUUAGAAUUGAAUCCGCCACCAACGGAACAGAUAUGUCAGCAAUUUAAUGAGCUACGUAGCGACAUAGUUUUGCAUUAUGAAUUGAGAAGCGCGUUGUCGACAUGUGAUUAUGAAUUACAGUCUUUAAGGCACCAAUAUGAAGCACUAGCACCAGGGAAGACUUUAACAAUACCAGCGGCACUUCUGCCAAAAACAGAACCUGAAAUUAAAGCAGAUAUCAUCGAUGUGGUAGGAUCACCCAGCAUGCCCAGUAUUACUCAUUAAUUUCCAAAGGUAUAUAUAUAUAUAUAUAUCUAUUUAAAAAUUAAUUAUUCUUUUCCUCUGUAAAUAUCAUUUCAUCAAUUUUCUUAUCUAUUAGCGUGCCAAUGAUUUUUCAUACCAAAAAUUAUAGCAUGCGACCGCUAUUACAAUGUAUU